CUUUCCCCCCGCUCCCCCCUCCCCCUUCCGCACACCACCACCUCGGGCCUUCCCGCUUGACCUCCCUGGCCAAUCAUAGAGGAGUCUCCUUUAGAACAAUACCAGAAUCAGCCAAUCCGGGUGCGUCCAGGUCGGGUCAAUGUCCGCCCUUUCUAGUUAAGUAGGUCGACCCCAGUUAAGCCUCAGUAGCGGUUAGCGACUCUUCAGCUAGAGAGUCGUUCGUUUCCGGCUCGCGUAGGUCUGGGUCUGCCUCUGGUGGCUACACAGCCUCGGAGGCCAACCCGUUUACUUUACGGACGGGACAGAAAGCAGCGACUGCUACUACGGUGCUGGAGAUUGAACCCAAGGCCUCACUUAUACUAAGCAUGGAUUCUACCAGUUUGACUCUACCAACUACUACUGUCACCACUACUGCUAAUUCAAGCACCAUGCUGUUUACUUCAGUAUCAAAUGCUUUUACAUCUACAGCAGCUUCAGAGCUCUCAUCUACAACUUCAACAACUACCACCACCACUGUUACCACCAAUACUACUACCACAAUUACUAGUGGCUUUAACCUGAAUCUAAGACCACUGACAUCCCCUGGGAUUAAUAACACUGAUCCAGUCAGUGUUUCUUCUGUACCUCUUACUUCAACUGUUAAUUCAAUAGUAACUCCAGUGAUGACAUAUGGUCAGCUGGAUGGUCUGAUAAACAAGUGGAGUCUUGAGCUAGAGGAUCAAGAAAAGUAUUUUCUUCGUCAGGCCACUCGAGUCAAUGCUUGGGACUGCACAUUGAUGGAGAAUGCUGAGGAGAUUUCUAUUUUACAUGGAGAAGUGGAAAAAGUGAAACUGGAUCAGAAAAGAUUGGAGCAAGAAUUAGAUUUUAUCCUGUCACAGCAGAGGGAACUAGAAGAUCUUUUGACUCCUUUAGAGAAGACUGUGAAGGACCAAAGCGAGUCUGUUUAUCUGCAGCAUGAAGAUAAGGAAUAUGAGAGGAUUUACAAAUUAGCAGAAACUAUAGAUGCUCAGCUGAAACGAAUGUCCCAAGAUCUCAAGGACAUUACUGGUCACCUGAAUACAUUUGGAAAUCCUGCUGCCACUACUGAUCGGCUCCAGCAGAUCUGCAAAAUUCUGAAUGCUCAUCUGGACUCUCUUCAGUGGAUUAAUCAGAAUUCAGGAAUGAUGCAAAAGAAGGUGGAAGAGAUAACAAAGAUUUUUGAGGAUUUUCAAAGCAAGGAGCAGGAACGCAAUGUGAAGAUUACCUUUGACUAAAGGCCAUAUUGUUAGCAUACUGAUUUUGGAUUGUUUCCUAUAAAUUUUGAUGAUGUUGACGUGUUUACAGUUACUACUUAAUCUUUCAUUGCAAUAAAAUGUGCAUGCUCUUUAUCUGAAUACUCUGAUAUGAAGAAUUAUACUAUAGUAUUCUCAGAAUUAAAUAAAACUUAUAUUAUCCCCCUUAUACAGGCAGCAACCUGUUAGAUAUUGAUUCUGUAUGUGUAAUACAUACCUUAUUCUCCUAGAAUUCACAUACUUCCGCCAAUGCACAUCUUCCUUCUCUCUCCAACUAAAAUGUGGAGAGAUGUCUACCCAAAAGUACAUGCCAACCAAUCUUGUUAGAUUCAGCAUAAAGUGUGAUAUACUGUAAAGUCUUUCUGUUCAAUGGAACUUAAUGUGUAGUUUGAGAUAAGAUUAGUUUCUGUGUAAAAUGAAUGUAGACAAUACAAGGAAGUAUGUUAUGCAUUAUAAAUGUAUGUUAUUGAAAUUCAUAGAAGGGCCAGGUGUAUGGUGGCUUAUGCCUAUAAUCCCAGUGACUCAGGAGGCUGAGGCAAGAGGCUCCUAAGUUGCCUUGGCAAUUUAGCAAGACCCUGACUCAAAAUAAAAAUAACAAGGGCUUAGAGUAUAGCUCAGUAGUAGAGUGUCCCUGGGUUAAAAUAAAACCCCAGUACCACCACCACCAAUGAUAAUAAUAAAAAGAAAAAUUCAGAGAAGGAAGGAAUAGUUAGGAUGAAUUUGUGGUUUCAGUUGGAUUUUAUGUUUUGUUGGUUUUGUGUGUGUGUGUGUGUGUGUGUGUGUGUGUGUGUGUGUGUGUGGUGUGGUACUGGGAAUCCUACCCAGGGUCUCAUAAAUGCUGGGCAAGUGCUUUACCAAUGAACUAUACCGCAAAUUUGAAAUAGAUUAUUUUUAAAAGAGCAAGGUUCAGGCAAUUUAAUUAUUGUUUUAUUAUACACAUGUCCUGGUGUUUUAUUUGAUUUUAGCAUAUGAUUUAUAGUUAUUGGUUUUUGUGUAUUUCUUUAUUUGCUUUUCAAGAAAAUGCCAUGUUCUUAGCUUUGGAACAUUCUAUCUCUUGUAUUUCACUUAAAUCAUAAAUAAAUGUGAUGCUCUACUAAAUGAAAACAUAACACUAAAAUAAAAUUAACCACUUAAAAGUUUUUAAGUUACUGGAGCUCAGCUGCCUAUAAUUACUGAGCUAAAUUUCUGUUGUCCUGUCUUCACAUGACCAUCCUGACGGGUAUAUAUUACAGGAAGAAAAAUAUUUUGAAGUGAAUGUUAGUGAUAGUGAUUAUUAGUGAUUAGUCUUAUGGAUAUGCUAAAUGCUAGAACUUGCAUGGUGUCUCUUUCUUAUCCAAACUUUUCCAAGAAGCCACUUCUUACCCAGGUAAGUUUUUGUACCACUCAGAAUUAUAAGUGUAAAAGUAAUCCAGAAACUGUUUAUUUUGUGAAUGAUUUAUGUAGGUAAAUAUAACUUUUGAGUAGAAUCUUGAAUAAUAUCUAAUUUUUGAGUUCAUAUUAUUACUACUAUUAUCUCCUACAUAAAAGACAUUUACCACAUUGUUUAUGGAGAUUCAAUUCUUAUACAGUAACCACAAUAUAAGUUCUAUCAGUAAAGAAAAGAUAAUGUUUUGAGAAGAAAAAUGGUUUUAGUCUUCUCUUUACCCUAUUAACUGGACAAAUAAUUUUUUGUGGGCAUUAUAUUUUGUCUAAAAAUGCAUUGUCUCAUAUUGUAAUUUUUCCAACUGUUUUUUGAAAAUAAAAUAGUUUUCAAUUCUC